CGCGCCGGCGGGUCGCGGACAGUCGGGCCGCCCCUCCUCCAUCCGUCCUGGCCGGCGUUCCCCGCGGCUGCGCCAACACUGCAGCCCGGGAGACAAAGCGCCGCCGCCGUAGCCGGGAGCGAGUCCCCGGGCCAUGGCCCGGCCGCCGCCGCCUCCGCGCUUCCCGUACCGUCGCUGCCGCCGCGCUAGGCCGCGAGGAGCCUGAGCACCAGCUGCGGCCAGGCCAGGUGUUGGAUUCACACCCAACAGUGCCUCCCCCACCCCGACACAUACAGGAAGCCUUCCCUGACUGCCUCGGCAGGUACUGUGAGGCUGUGAGGAAGCUGAGGACUGUUCUCCAAUCUGGGUUGGGUAACCUGGUUGGGUCCCCACUGUGGCCAGCUAUUGCCAAGACAGGCACCACCCAGAUCUCAUUCCUCCCUGGGGUGAGAGCAUUAAUUGAGCACCUACUGCAUCCCAGCACCUGAUAACGUGACUGCCACCUUGUGCAGACCCCUGUGUCUCCCUGGUGCCUGGCACACAGUAGGUGCCCACUAGAGUAUGCUGCACCCUGAGUGAAGAUCACCACAGUCCAGGCGGCCGUUGUGAGAGGAGGGCGCCGCCAUGAAGCUCAACGAGCGCAGCCUGGCCUUGUACGCCACGUGUGACGCGCCGGUGGACCGGGCUGGUUUCCUGAGCAAGCGGGGCGGGCGGCACUCGGCCUACCACCGGCGCUGGUUCGUGCUGCGCGGCAACAUGCUCUUCUACUUCGAGGAGCCGGCCAGCCGCGAGCCCGUGGGCGUCGUCAUCCUGGAGGGCUGCACGGUGGAGCUGGUGGAGGCCACCCGGGAAUUCACAUUCGCUGUGCGCUUCUCAGGGACUCGGGCACGCACCUAUGUGCUGGCAGCCGAGAGCCAGGCGGCGCUGGAGGGCUGGGUGAAGGCGCUGUCAAGGGCCAGCUUCCACUACCUGCGGCUGGUGGUACGGGAGCUGGAGCAGCAGCUGGAGGCCAUGCGGGCAGGGCCUGGGCCGCCCCCUCCACUCCCAUCCCGCACGCUGCUGCCCCGGGACAACGGCCUCGCGGUGUGGAGCCACGAUCCUCCCACGACCGGCCCCCCCACACCACCGCCCCGCCACCGCAGGUCCUCAGUGCCUGAUGGACCGGGGGCCUCCUUCCCGCAGCUGCAUGAGUGGUAUGGCCGUGAGGUGCGGGCGCUCCGGGGCCAGUGGAGGCAUGGCCAGACCCGUCCCUGAGCCCUUGACUGCUGCCCUUGGGGGACAGUGAGUGGCAGCACCUGGGGCCCUUGGCCCAUAGUGUGCUCCCACAGAGGAUGCCACACCUGACCGCCUGUGUCGAGGUUCGGGGGCGGCACCCAGGAAACAGGGUGCUGUGCUUGGAGCAGGCCUUCUGGACUUUGCCCCCAGCCCCGCCUGGGGAGGCGCAGUCACCUCUGGCCUCCAGUGCUGGGUGGCUUCAGCCCUUACCCCUCAGUCCUGGCUUUAGCCUGCGGGGGUGGCAGCCCGGCCUGAGCUGACUCAGAACUCCCCCCCCCCAGGGAAGGGUUCCCCCAGCUGCCUGGCAGCCCAGAAGGGCUGCGGUACUGACAGAGGAGCCUCCUGGGCCCCCCACUCACCCCCACUCCAAAGGGGAGGUUAACUGUCUCCCUCCUCUCACCAUAGUGGCUGUUGUCCUCUUCCUCCCGGGAGAAUCUUGAAGAGUGGGGACCCCCCCAACCCUGGAGCUGGGCCAUGUUUACAGUCCUCAGGGCCCCAGUCCAGGUACCCUGAAGAUAUCUGUCCCCAACCUCUGUUCCCCAGAGGAACUGACAAACCUGCCCCUUCCUGCUGCCUUAGAGGAACUGGGGGUGGGGGUGGAGGCAGAGGGGCAUCACUGCUGGCUCAGUGCCCAGGGCUUCAGUUCUAAUUUAACUGUUAAUAGUUAGGGGGAUUAUUUUUUAGGAACAAAUCUUGGUGUUUCCUGCUAGCUAGGGGAGGCCCAGGAUGGGCAGAGAUGGUGGCACUGUCCCCAGGGGCACCUUGCCCAGCCCUCAGCCUUCUGUGCCAGCAGGUGCCUUGGUACGAUUCCUGUUGCCCACCUUUCCCGUCCUGAGGGUGGGGCCUUGUCCAUGGACUCCAGGUCUGGGAUGGAGGCCCUGGAGGCACAAAUGGCAUUAUGGGCUAUCCAGAUCAGCUGCUGGGGGAGUGGUUGGGGAAUGUUGCCCCAGUCUGGGAGCAGUUGCAGAAGCUUCAAGGUACAGUGACCCUGGGAGGGGCCUCCUCUCCCCCCACAAAGCACAAGAUAUAGGGGUCAGGCUGCCUCCCCAGUUUGGCCAGAAUAAAAGUUUAUCCUGUGA